AUGGGCUGUGCCCCUAAUGCUUCUCAUUCUCCAGUCUUCUUGCUUCUUGGGAUGUCCAGAACUCAAGUCCCCCCCACUCUCCUCUUUGUCCUGUUCUUGGCUAUUUACCUGACAACUAUCCUGGGUAACCUGACUUUGGUGCUACUCAUCUCCCGGGACUCCAGACUCCACUCACCUAUGUACUACCUGCUUCGUGGUCUCUCAGUGGUAGACAUGGGUCUGUCCACUGUCAUUUUGCCCCAGUUGCUGGCACACCUGGCCUCUAACUACCCAGCCAUUUCUGCUGUCCGCUGCUUGUCCCAGUUUUUUUUCUUCUAUGCAUUUGGAGUCACAGAUACACUUGUUAUUUCUGUCAUGGCUCUGGAUCGGUACGUGGCCAUUUGUAACCCUCUACACUACCAUGCAGUGAUGAAUCGCCAGCUGUGUGCCCGCUUACUGGCGUUAUGCUGGGUGGUAUCUAUAGUGCACACCAUGUUGCAUGUGGGACUCCUCUUCCCCCUUUACUGGGAUGUUGAUGCUGGGGACAAUGUUAUCCUUCCCCACUUCUUUUGUGACCACCGUCCGCUUCUUCGAUCCUCCUGUUCGGACAUACAUUCCAAUGAGUUGGCUAUAUUCUUGGAAGGAGGCUUCCUCAUGCUAGGUCCCUGUACCCUGAUUUUACUCUCUUAUGUCCGCAUUGGGACCACCAUCCUACGUUUGCCUUCAGCUUCUAGCCGCCGCCGUGCAUUCUCCACCUGUGGAUCCCACCUCACUAUGGUUGGCUUCCUCUAUGGCACCAUCAUUUGGGUAUAUUUCCAGCCUUCUUCCCAGAAAUCACAAGAUCAAGACAUGGUAGCCUCUGUGAUGUACACUGCCAUCACACCCUUGGCCAACCCAUUUGUGUACAGCCUUCGAAACAAAGAUGUCAAGGGUGCACUCCAUAGGCUGCUUGGGCAGGUGAAGGUUAACAUCUGA